UAUUAAGCCCAGAAAGCGACUCGGAGCUUCCCACCAAACCCCCCAAAAUCACCCACCAAACCACGCACAGAAGGCUCAAGAAAGGCUAAAGGAGAUAAGAAACCAAUAGCUUAUCAUCAUCACUCCCUUCUUCUUCUUCUCCUCCUCCUCCCUACUUUCAAUCCCCAGAAAUGGAUUCCAAAACCAAUAAUAUAGAAACCCCUGAAGAAUCCAAGCAAGAGCAAACCCAGAAUCAGAACCCGCUCCCUCUCGUUCCCGCUGCUUCGAUUUCACUCUCACUUUCCACUCUCCUCCCUUCCCAUUUCCUCCCACCCAAACAAAUCACCAACCCACCGAACAAAAUCAAAAUCCCAUCUCAAAUUUCAUCUCUUUCCCAGUUUUCGCUCUCCUCUUCCCUCUCGCCCGCAAAAGCCUUCUUCAAAUCCAGCAUUUCAGCUAACCCUUUGCAGAAUACUCUUACUCUAAACCCGCUCCGCCCCUCCAAUCCCUCUGGCGCCGCCGCCCUUCGCCGCGCUGCCGUCGUGUGGUUCCGCAACGACCUACGUAUCCACGACAACGAAUGCCUCACGGCCGCCAACAACGAAUCUAUUUCCGUUCUUCCAGUUUACUGCUUCGACCCCCGGGAUUAUGGUAAAUCAUCGUCCGGGUUUGACAAAACAGGGCCUUAUCGAGCUACAUUCUUGAUAGAAUCUGUUUCCGAUUUGCGCAAGAAUCUGCAGGCUCGUGGGUCGGAUCUCGUAGUAAGAAUUGGGAGACCCGAGAGUGUGUUGUUGGAGGUUGUUAAAGCCGUGGGGGCGGACGCUGUCUAUAUGCAUAGAGAGGUCUCGCACGACGAAGUGAAAGCGGAGGAGAAGAUUGAGGAGGUUAUGAAGGAUGAGGGAGUGGAGGUGAAGUCCUUCUGGGGAAGCACAUUGUAUCAUUUGGAGGAUUUGCCGUUUCAGUUGGAGGAAAUGCCAACGAAUUAUGGCGGGUUUAAGGAGAGGGUGAAAGGGUUGGAUGUGAGGAAGACGAUUGAGCCGUUGGAUAGGAUGAAGGGUUUGCCUAAAAGAGGGGAUGUGGAGCCUGGGGAAAUUCCAUCUUUGGUGGAUUUGGGACUUAACCCGAAUGCAGCUAUGGGUCAGAACGGGAAAACAGCUGCCAAUGCUUCUCUUGUGGGUGGAGAGACUGAAGCUUUGCAGAGACUGAGAAAUUUUGCUGUCGAAUGCAAGGCAAAACCAAACAAUGGAUUUAAAAAUGGCGCCAAUGAUAGCAUAUAUGGUGCAAACUUUUCAUGCAAAAUAUCCCCCUGGCUAGCCAUGGGAUGCCUUUCUCCCCGCUCCAUGUUUGAUGAGCUGAAGAAGUCUGCUUCAAGCUUGAUUUCUGCUGCCACUAACAAGAAAAAUGGUGGAAGUGGCACAUCUGACACUGGACUGAAUUGGUUAAUGUAUGAGCUGUUGUGGAGGGAUUUUUUCAGAUUCAUCACCAGGAAAUACAGUACUGCUAAGCAACAGAGUUAUGCACCAGCCACAGCUUGUACAGGUGCAGCUGCCUGAGUAGGAAAUAGAUGAAAACUAAAAUUCGCAAGUCUCUAAGACGAUGGACUCUCCUUUGUAUGUUAUCAAUCAGUCAGAUCUAUUGACCAUUGGCUGUUUGUAAUGACGUUGCAUUUCACCAGCAAAAUGAGUGACCAUUGUGAGUUGUAAUUGUGUUACAACUGAGGCAGUUAGUUCCGAGUGUUCUGAAUGUCUAUCAUUGAUGAAUGUGGUAGACAAAUUUCAUUUCGCCA